AUGAUUCUACUCAAACGACUUCCACUUGAGCUACUUCUUAAAGUGUCAAGUUAUUUGAGUUUUGACGAUGUCUGGUACUUGGCAACCGUAUCCCGACACGGCCGGUCCAUCGCUCAUCAGAUCAUAUGGCAUAAAUACAACAUUGAUUUGACACGACCCCGCUUGAACGCUUUCAACCAUCUGGUGCAUUCUGCGAUCGCUUACCUGUUGAGGUACGGUUACGUCCACGAUCACAUCCACCAAGCAACUUUACAAAGCGUGGCCAACCGGUUGGCCGUGGAAAUCUACGAUCGAACGCCAUUGCAAAAUUGGGAACCGUGUCUCGAUUUUUAUCUUGACAAGACGUUGGGACUGAUUCUGGAUCAUGUCAUGGUGCCGGUCGGGUACUGCUCGAAACGCAUGGGCCAGCUUUUGACGCAAUUUCUUUCGACACUGUAUCCUACACUCACCGCAUUAUUCGAAACGGGACCAGCGAGCUCAAUCCAUCAUCGAUUGCUUGUCAAUCAUCUCAACCGCCAUCUCGAUAGUUUGACCAUCCUUUACCAUCAUCAAGCUCAGCACCAACUGCUGAGCUCGCGAUGCCCGAAACUCACUUCUUCAGCACGCAUUCUCAACCAAUCAGUGCGUCGCAAUGUCCGAAGAUUGGUGCAUUUCGCGGGCACACUUGUCCAGACCGAUCUUUUGACACCGUCAGAUCUGGCGCUCAUGGCUCAUCAUCAUAUCGUGGAAUUUUUCACUAAACAACGCCUCCACACUCUGAAAGCCGAUCGAGCCUUGCACGAAAAACAUCGUCUGUAUCGGGAAGAAAUCGAUUUCCAAAUCACCAUUCUUCUCGAUCUCGUCCGAGCCAUUCUCUAUCGGCAAUCGAAAAAACAAGAUUCGGAAAAAGAACUACGACUCUUCUCGAACCUCUUGACCGACAUCAUCACCAAAGUGUACCAAUAA